AUGCGAAUCGUUGGUAGAGGGGCAUUUGGCAAGGUCAGAAUUGUGGAGCAUAGAGAAUCCCGACAGUUAUACGCCUUGAAAUACAUUAGCAAAGAAGAAUGUAUUCGAAUGGACGCAGCCAAGAAUAUUAUACGAGAAAGAGUCAUCUUGGAGCAGCUGGAUCACCCAUUCUUAUGUCGAUUACGAUUUGCAUUUCAAGAUAAUGACUACAUGUACAUGGUGACAGAUCUUAUGCUCGGUGGUGAUCUGCACUUUCAUCUAUCACGACAACCCUAUUUUUCAGAGAAUGUGAUUCGAUUUUGGUUUGCUGAAUUGUCAGCGGCUAUUAAAUACCUUCAUUUGAAGAGAGUUGUACACAGAGACAUAAAGCCGCACAAUAUAUUAAUGGACGAUCAAGGACAUGUUCAUCUGGCUGAUUUCAACAUAGCAACACAUCUUCAUGCACAUCGCAUGUUGACUUCAAAUUCAGGAACGGGUUACUAUAUUGCACCUGAGGUGUAUAAAGGCGGCGGAUACAAUGAGGCUGUUGACUGGUGGAGUCUGGGAGUGACAUUGUAUGAAUGUAUAUAUCACAAGAGGCCAUUUGAAUACGAUACCACAGAGGAACUACAUGCUGCCAUCAGAAGAGGACAUGUGAAUUAUCCAACAAAAGACCGUCAAGUAUCAGGUGAAUGUCUUUCAGUAAUACAAGGGUUCCUGGAGGUGAAUCCCAACAAACGAUUAGGUUACGGUGAUGCAGGAUGGGCAGCGCUGGUCAGACAUCCAUUCUUUAGAUCGAUUCAGUGGAACAAGCUCGAGUCCAAGCAAAUCCCACCGCCAUUUCAGCCAGCAACAGAGAAUAAUUUUGAUAUAACAUUUGAUUUGGAGGAGUUACUACUGGAGGAGUCGCCGCUGACAGCUCAAACGACAAAGAGAAAUAAAUCAAAGAAAAACAACGAUCAUGCCAUGUUGAGUAAGCAGCAAAAAGACCUGGUCAUGAUUGAAGAAAAGUUCAAAUACUUUGAUUUCACGAUAUUUGAAAAAUACGAAGGAUUCAAGGACCCUGUAACCAUGACAGUUGGAGACCCACCGGAUUGGGUUAAACCAGCAUUUGAAGGAGCAGAGCAAGGAGACGUCUUACCGAUAAAAAGAAUCACCACUGGAAGCAUUGCCCAUGAUGAUUUUGAUAAUCAUCAGACAACGCAGCAUUGGAGAGGGCCCAACAGAUCAGCAUCCACGAGUAAUAUUGCUGCUGCUGCUGCUGCCUCUGCCUCUAAUUUGGGUAAAUACGAUCAGGAUCAAAAUUGGAAGAGAAGUAGCACAGGCGCCAUUAGGAAAAUCAGUAGCAAAAACAACAACAAUGAACAACUACAUUCAACAACGAGUUUGACCGAAGAAUAUGCGCUUUCUUUGCAAGGCAUACGGAAGAAGCAGAGUACCAAGAGCUUUAGAGAAAGAAGAGAAAGGGAUCGAAAGAGUAUUCAGGCUAUUCAGAAUCAAAAUAAUUUAUAG